AUGGCUGAGAUUUAUAAUACGGACCGCUUCGCCGAGCUCUAUUACCCUUCUAACACCGCCGACCUCCUGCACCUAGGCCUUGCUGCACGCUUUGUAGCCACCCUCUUCGAGUCCAACCAGAUCACCUAUGCCUUCAUUGGCGGGUGGGCCGUAUACCUGCGCGGUGGAGGCCGCCGCACCCAGGACAUUGACAUUACCGUUGACGACUCAAUGGACCAUGUCAAAGAGAUUUUGACCAUGCAGCCUCGGAUCCAUUUCCCGGCUGUCCACGGACCGACAGCGGUCCAAAUAUUCAUCGACACCGGCCAGAGUGUGGACGGGGAAUUCCCCGAGGUUCCCGAUCUCGCAGUGAGCAUGGAUAUCGUCAUUAGUGGUAACCUGGGCACGCCGGAAGAUCUCCGGUCCUCGCGCGAACCAAUAAACCCCCACAGACCAACACCUCUUGGAUCCCCCGUAUUAGUACUUGGAUUGGUGUUCCAAAUAUAUGCGAAGCUCGACGCGUUCUCCCGACGCGGCGAGCAGGAUAGCAAGGACUUUAUGGACCUCGAGUUCCUCUUUAUGCAAUAUGCGACGGAUAUCCCCGCAUUUUGUGACUACUAUGAUGUGGAUCACCGGCGCUAUUUCUGGGUACAGUAUGCGUCCAAAUACGUCGCUUUUCCCGAUCAAGUCGAAAGUAUGCGCAAUCUGCUUGGCUUAUGA